AUGCCUCGAGAGCUACCUGGAUUAUACUGGGAUGAAGAAAAACAACGCUACUUUCCUCUAGCUUCAUCUCGGAGGCCUCAAGUUGCAGGCCCAAGCACCUCAUAUCUACCGACCAAGCUGCAAUCACUAGCAGCGCCUCAGGCUACGGGAGAAUCCUACAACUUGAACAAGCAUCGACCUCGUGCUCUCUUGCGCGCAAGGGAAGAUGCUAGGUCCAGCUUUCGUGCCACUCAUAAAAACAAGUUGAUGCAGUACGUCUCUCUUUAUCGUAUGAGUCUCGGGCUUACCAGCACCCGAAAUCACUACCCGUUGCUUGCAAAUCUCAUCAUUGUGGCGCACAGCCAGAUAUCGUGCUUCCAAGUAGCGCAGACACCUCAUAUUGCAUCGUCGUCUGUUCUAUCACUCACGCGCUGUGCUAUCACCGCCUUCCAGGCCGUAUCCUACAAUAACAAUGUCCACAGUUUCGCAGGGGAUACAGGGGGGUGGUUUUACUCCUCAGUCAUUGGCCGAGAUGAACCAGCCAUAGGGUAUCAUACCUCGCACGGCUGGCGCCCAGAAUCUCUUCCAUAUGUGUAUCUGGCUCCCGCUGCAUGUCAUGCAACCUCGUUUGGUCCAGAGAGCAAAAUAUUGCACUUCCCCCUUGACUUGGACUCAGAAGAUAUCCGUGUGACUCGUGUAAAUAAUCGGUCUGUUCGUGACAUAUGGACAGCCGAUUUUCAAGGUACCCGUUUGGUGUUGGGCACGAAUGAUCAGGCUGUUGUUAUUAAUGACGCUGCUGAUCGAGCGACUGUUUGUUUUAUGAAAACGGGUAGCGACGUAUUUGCCGUUACUCAAAAUAAUAAUAUUAUUUAUACAGGGUCCCGCGCUGGCCUUGUUCAACGUUUUGAUAUGCGUAUAGCCAACACCAAGGGUGAUCGCAUUUUCAGCGACCCACAUAAGACCCAGCAUAAUUCAGUGACCAACCUCAAGAUCUGUUACGACUGGCAACUCCUCACGAGUAACAUCGACGGAAGCCUGGCUAUGUUUGACCUCCGCUUCCCUUGCAGUCGAACACCUGUGAUUUCCUUCACAGGAAAUAUCAAUACCUACACUACAAAGACUCCUAUCGCUGUUGAUCCUCACGAGCAAUUUCUUUUUGCAGCCGGGCAAGAUCGCCGCAUUCGCCUAUGGUCGCUCCGUACAGGAGGUGCCCCGCUUAUUUCGCCUGCUAGUGUAUUUCAGAAACCAUUUGAAGACCCGAUCCGUGCGCUCCAAGUUGUUGAGGAACAAGAGGGCGUUCUGGGCUUGUGGGCCACAUCGGGUGCAGCACUCUAUAAAUACAACUUAGGUCAAAGGAUUUGA